ACUCUGUAGCUUCCUCUUCUACUACUAACAAAACUCCCAUGGAAGAACAACAUCAAUCUCCCAUUAUUUUCAAUAACUAUCAAACAAUUUCUUCUUCAUCUCUAACAAAAAGAUCAAUAACCUUGAAAUCAUCAAAACAACAAACCAAUCAAAACAAGAAAAUCAAAUCCAGUACUGAAAAAACCAAGAAAAUGGACGAUUCAAAACACCCAAUUUACCACGGUGUUCGAAAACGAAGCUGGGGUAAAUGGGUGUCUGAAAUUCGCGAACCGAGGAAAAAAUCAAGGAUUUGGCUUGGUACAUUUUCUACAGCUGAAAUGGCUGCCAGAGCACAUGAUGUAGCUGCAAUUGCCAUUAAAGGUCACUUAGCUUUACUCAAUUUCCCUGAAUUAGCUCAUCAAUUUCCUAAACCAUCUUCGAAAUGCGCUAAAGAUAUUCAAUCUGCAGCCGCAAAGGCUGCAGCUUUGAAUAUUUCACCAAGAAAUUUUAUGGAAAAACAGAGUACAGAUGAGUUAAUGGAAAUGCCCUCUUCUUCUGAAGAAACAGAGUCAGCAGAAUCAUCUUUGACGAGUAAUAGCGAAGACCCUUUUCUUGAUUUGCCUGAUCUUCUUAUGGAUCUUACUCAAAAAUUUGAUAAAUUUUGCUACUAUAAUUCACCAUGGGAUUUAGCUGGAGCUGAAAGCAAUGACUCUAAUUACAGUGAAUUCUGGCCUGAAGAAGAUCUCUGUUUGUGGGACUACAGCCUCGAAGCCCCACGACUGUAACAAUAUAAUUUUUCAACGAAAGAUAUUUAAUUGAACAGACGCAUAUUGAAGGUCUCUAAAUGUGGGAUUACAGCAAUUAAACUGCAUUCUUACAAAAUAGUAUAAUUUUUCGACGAAAGGAUCGUGGAAAAAUCUAAAAAAAAAAAGUAAAACUGACAGUAAUUUUUGUUUUUUACCUCAUUGAAUUGAGUUAAUUGUACUAGGGGAGCUUUGUUGUAACACUAAGUAGCUUAUUAUAAGUUAUUUCCAUAUAUAUAAUCGCUUCAAGUACAGUUUCUUUUAAAUUUUAUUAACGUGAAAUACUUUGUAGAUCGACCUGGUGUGUACCUCUCGUUGUAAAAUGUAAACAAAUGAAUAAGUUAA